AUGGUCCUGAAUACCGAGCUGAACUCCCAGAAUAAAAUUGCAGCUCUAAACCUCAAGACGGUACCAGUUGUCCAGUAUUACUUAGAUAAAAUGAUUGUAGAGAAUUUCCAGAGCAAAAAGAACCUGAGUAUGGCAUGGAUAGACUACAGGAAAGCAUUUGAUUGUGUCCCACAUAAUUGGCUACUCAAGACCCUUGAGAUAUAUAAGACCUCUCCUGUCGUCUCCAAAUUCUUACACGGUAGGAGGGCCAAGUGGAAUACACGUCUCGUUCUACACCGUAGUAAUGGAAUGAGCCAAUCUAACAACAUCAACAUCAAAACGAGUCUUCCUCCGAGGUGA